AUGUCAGAUUUGUCGUUGUAUUUAACUAAUGUCAACGUCUCCUUGGGGCAAACUAUGGAAACUGAAAAGAGUCAAGGAGGGCAGACAGACUUUGAGACAGUGGAGAUGGGUGACUCUGCAGCCACUCAGGGGGGCGUAAAGGUUCCGCGUAGGAUCGUCUACUUUGCCAGUGGAGAGACCAUGGAGGAGUACAGCACUGAUGAAGAGGAGGAAGAAGAGGAACCCGUGAAAAAAGACAUCAUUCAAGUAGAUUCGUCCAAACUGACCUGGGGGCCAUAUGUGUGGUUCCACAUGUGGAGAAUGGCCACCUCCACUAUCACAGUGUGUGACUACAUGGGAGAGAGACUGGCCUCUUUGUUUGGCAUCACCACUCCUAAAUACCAGUACGCCAUAGACGAGUACUACCGCAUGAAGAAAGAGGAGGAAGAGGAAGAGGAGGAGGACCGUCUGGCUGAGGAGGCAGAGCGCCGGUUUGUGGAGCAGCGAAGGGGCAAGCAGGACGAUCCCUCUGCUCCUCACCCUGCUACUGUGGAGCAGCCAGAAGCAGUCGGAGCCUCCUUUGUAAACAUUAGCUUUGAGCUCCAACCAGAAUCUCCUCUCAACACUCCAGACGGCAACAGAGUCCCUUCUCCACUCCCCUCCUGAAAUGUCAGACACAAACCCUCUCAACAGUCACACAUUUCUAUCCGUUGACAAAACCUUAAUUAACUUAGCUGUAUAGAUUAACAAUAUUGUUAUUUUUCUAUAUUUUUAUUUUGUCAAAAGAGGUCUUAGUAUACAGCGCAGGGAAAACUGAUAAGGGCUGUGCAUGUGGCUGCAUUGGCCUUACCUUUACCUGAAUGUACAUUUGUGUAUAAUGUAUAAUUAUAUGCAAGACUGACGCAUAUCACUUAACUAAUUGUAGACGAGGACAACAACUGGACUCAACUCACUUUAAACUGAUAUCUGUUGAGUCAGUUGGCUGAAUUCAUAAGCUAAGCACAAACUCUGUUGAUCCUCCUAAUCUAUAAAAAUAUAUAAAUAUUUAUGCAAAAUAAGUAGUGUCAUAAAUGUAACCAGAUUUGAUAAUGGCACUGCCUUGUCAUUUCUGCUCUCAGUCUCUUUCUGUGCUUCUUGUCUCUGAUACUGUUGUCCAGACCUGGUGUGUGCAUUUGUAAGGUAUAAAAGAUAGUUAACAGGAAGUGAUUGACUCAGUAGUCAGAGCUAGUGUAUUGAUAGUUUACACUGGGAUUGCAUUCUCCUCUGCAGCUCAGCCUGUCAUUGCCAUACAGUCAUCUCUGUCAUUAAGAAAUAUAAAAUAAGGCCUUAAAGUUUUAAACAUUGCAAAGGAGAGUAAACUGUUUAUGUAUUUUUUUAACCAUUUGAUGAGAUCAGGAGAGAAACAACAGAUAUCAGAGCAGUUUUGAGUCUUUUGAGUUUCAGCUUCAUCAAAUAUAAAACUCUGCUAUCUCUGAUUUCCAAUCCUCAUCACCUCCCUGCUGAUGUAUGAAUAGAUCUAAUACAUGCAGAGACAUCUACCUUAGAUUACUGUUGCAGGGUCAGAAUAAGGGCUGGUUAAAACAAAACAAGUCACAUGAAGGUUGUUACUGAUUUAUUUUUUGUAGCAAGUGCAAAUUUUCAUUUUUUCAAUUUUAAAUAAUAACACUAGUCUGGUUUAAAUCUUUAAAAAGUCUGAUGAUCUUCAACUUUCAUGUGUGCGUUGAAGGUUCUUUCUUUAAGUGUCCUUGUGGAAAUGUUUCCUGGUUGUUCAGCUGCACAGCAGGCGAGCUGCUAUGGCUGAACUGUUAUAAGCUUCUUAUUCAUUAUUUGAAUCCACUGAUGUGGCUGCGUGGUGUAAUUACAGACCUCCUUAGAGAGCAGAGGGUUUAGACAGGAGUAGAAGAUACACAGAAGCCUUGAGGUUUCUCUUGCUAACACAGAAAUGACUAAAAAAUUACACACACCUCCUUUGAGAAUGAUGCAUUUCAAGAAGAGAUUUUAAAAGGGGAUUUAAAGUUAGUUGCUCGGUGACUCGCUUUAGUUAAAUGAAGGGCCAGCAUAUGCAAAAAUGUUCUUUUAACUGGCAUCUUAAAUUGUAAUGACUGUAUAUACAUAUUUAUAUUUUCAAUGCAUUAAUAAAAACCUUUAGUUUAAAAAGUUGA